UACAAGCCCGAUAUGGUUAUGGCAUCCAAGGGGGAGUGUUAUAAAUCCAUGAUAUGGAUAUGUGGAUUGCCAUUAACCAUCAAGGAGGUUUACAUCUGACCCGACUAUCCGGUCCGUCUACACCCGUCUCCGGUUUGUCUCAUCCGUCCAAGACUAGUCAAGAUGAAGACUCAUUCAACCGGAGCAUUUAUGAGCUUUGACCAAGUCUAGAUAUUUGUGGUCAAUAUGUAAUAAAUGUGUAGAUACUCUCCUUUGUUGUAAACCCUUGGAACCUCCACUAUAUAUUGAUAGUGAGAGCUAAUGAGAAAGACACAACUUUCACAACAACACUUCUCUCAUAUUUCUAACAAUAAGUCAUAUGAUGAGAAUGAAAAACAAAGUCAACAACCAAAGAUAUCAAUUUUAUAAAAGUUAGCUCCCGGAUAUUUAAUUCAAUUAAAUGGUUUACAGCAUUUUUAGUCAUGGUUUCAUUUUAAAAUUGAAAAAAAAAAAAGAAUCCUAAUAAAAGCGGGAGGCCAAACAUCUCGGCUCUUCGUGUCUGUCUGGUAAUUAUUUCCUACGCACGACAAAAUUCUCCUAAUCUCUCUCUCUUCUGUCUUUCUCUUUCCGCCAUUUCCCCGAUCAAGUUUUUUCUUCUUCUUAUCGAUGCAAUGACAACUCCACGAUCGCCGGCGACAGAUUUCUUCGGUAUCUCCAAGACAGCAUGCAAAGCAUACAAAUCAAUCGUCACAAAACUGCACCCUCUCUCUUCUCAUCGCAAAACCGACUCUCACUCCGACAACGAUUCCACGAUCCACCAGAAAUAUCUAGAGGAGAAAUUCGCGGAGGAGGAUGAUCUCAUCGCUGCUCGGAGAGGUCUCCGGUUACAGAGCAUGGACGAUAGCUCCGUCUUCAAACGCCGUUCUUCUCUCCUAUCUAACUCCAGCAGCCGCCGCAGCCACACGCCGCAAGCUCGUCCCACAUACCUCUCCUCCGCCUCUUCCAACCGCCGUUCCACUUUCUCGAGAACCACCAGCCGCAGAGACGACGGCGGCGGCAGCAGCCACGGAGGCGUAGGGAGAACACACGGACUCAAAUCACGCCCCGUUUCCAACAACGCGAGCCCGAUGACGUCGCCUUUCACGAGCCCGAGAGGGAAAGAUCAGACCUUGGGAGAUUUGUUUGGCUCCGCGCAGGGACUAACGUCCACGUCCCCUCCGAGCUCUACCCCGUCUUCUCCGAAGACUAUUUCGAAGAGCCGUAGCAAGAGAGAUAAAGACGGGAGAUCAGGGUCCACGACGUCGUUUUCGAAGAGCACGAGCACGAGACAUCAGUCGAAGAGGGAUACGGGUGGGUCAGUGGGGAGGAGCGUGAGCAGGAGGAGCACGACACCGAUAGUUUUCUCUCAGUCGACGCAGCCGAAGAAGCCGCCGGCUGUGGAGAAAAAGCUCGAGUGUACGUUGGAAGAACUAUGCCAUGGUGGAGUCAAGAACAUCAAGGUCACUAGGGACAUCAUCACCGAUGAAGGGUUGAUUAGGAAACAAGAAGAGACGUUGAAAGUGAACAUCAAACCGGGAUGGAAGAAAGGGACAAAGAUCACAUUCGAAGGAGUAGGUAACGAGAAACCAGGCUACCUCCCUGAAGAUAUCACGUUCGUGGUCGAAGAAAAGAGACAUCCUCUGUUCAAAAGACGUGGUGACGACUUAGAGAUUGCGGUCGAGAUUCCACUUGUAAAGGCUUUGACUGGAUGCAAACUCUCGGUGCCGUUACUGAGUGGUGAGUCGAUGUCGGUAUCUGUAGGAGAAGUGAUCUUUCAUGGGUUUGAGAAGGCUAUUAAAGGUCAAGGUUUGCCUAACGCUAAAGAAGAAGGUAAACGAGGUGACUUGAGGAUCACGUUUUUAGUGAAUUUUCCUAAGAAGUUGAGCGAAGAACAACGAUCAAUUGCCUAUGAGGUCUUGAAAGAUUGUUCUUGGGCUUAAAGGUUGAUAUUAUAUACGGGUCUCAUGCCAUUCAAUUCAUGUCUUUUUCUUUGUAUAUAAGAUUUACGAGUUGAGGGCUUGAGGCUUUAUUAUAUUUUUCUUAGAGUGAGCUGUUGUUAUAUGAUUCUUGAUGUGGAUGAUACAAUUGUCUUCUUUUAGUUUAUUGACAUUCUUAUGAGUUAUGAAGGAUAAGGCUUAAGAAUUGGUUGGCAUUUCUUGUGACUAAUGGCUAGGUAUUGCUCGAUUGGGGUUACAAAAACUACGUUCUCUAUAUAAUUAAUGUUUUCAGCUUUAAAGUCAUAGACCGCAUAGCGCAGUGGAUUAGCGCGUCUGACUUCGGAUCAGAAGGUCGUGGGUUCGACUUCCACUGUGGUCGUUUUUUUAGUAUUUUGAGAUAUUUAUACAUGUUUGGAGUUUCUAGGAAAUUGAAGCAGCGAUAAACUUAGAGGAACACUAAUCCCUUCACUAUUUAUAGUAUUCACUAUCGAUAUUCAAAUAGGAGUAGUGUGAAGAUGAAGCAAUAAGAAACAAGAUGGUUGGUUAAGGUCUCAAGACAAUGGAGAUGCCACUACAAGGGACAAGCAUGCAUGGUGGGUUAAGGUCUCAAGACAAUGGAGAUGCCACUACAAGGGACAAGCAUGUAUGGUGGGUUAAAGUCUCAAGACAAUGGAUUAUUAGUUUAUCAUAUCUCAUCUACCAUUUGCCAUACUUGUAACCCCUAUAUAUAUGGGAUGUUCCCAUAAGCAAAUUAAUCAAGCAAAUAAGAUUCUCCUUAUUUACUCUA